AUGGUGUGGAGAAAAUGCCGACCCAAGUUGCAGGUGAAGUCACCCCGGUACCGAAAAUCAAGCUUGCGAUGCAAUCGCACGUGGCAUCCGGCGACUCCGAGAAGUCAAAUUCCGUGGUAUCGAAACUUCACCUCCAUUCCAGCUACGCAUCUUGUUGCCAAUACACAGCACAAUGCCGCCAAAUGUAAGACUCGUGACGACAAACUCGAUGGUAUCGGAGUCGACAUCGCGCUGUUCACGACAUACCCACAAUCUCGCGCAGACACGAAUAUCGAGCGAGGAACCGCCAAGCUUGUGGCGCUCAACUACAGCGAUCGUGUCCAGCGACACCGUUAG